GGUUCUCUGUCGGGCUUCAUCCACAUCAAAAUUCCAGUCGGCAGGAGCGAGCAGGACGCAGACGCAGGAGACGUAUCGCAGCGACGGGGCCGAGGAGCGCAGCGUCCAUCCCCUCAGCCGAUGUAACCAGACAAGCGCAUGUUGGCGUCACUGAUCCUCUCAUAGCAACUUCGUCACAAAAAGAGACAAAAGAAGGCGAGAGAAAUGGGACGUACCGCAUUACCCGUGCUGAUGGCCGUAUUGUCCUACUGCGCGUCGGGGGACGUCGAGGCUCUGGCCAUGACCGAGGUGGACGGGCCGGGCCCCCAGGUGGCGGAGCCGCAGAUUGCCAUGUUCUGUGGCCGUCAACUCCUGCACAUGAACUUGCAGACCGGGAAGUGGGAGCCGGAUCCUCAGGGCCGACAGGGCUGCGUCAAAGAGCCCAGUGAGAUCCUGUCCUAUUGUCAGGAGAUGUACCCAGCGCUUCCGAUCUCCCAUAUAGAGGAGUCAAAAAGACCUGUCACCAUCCACGCCUGGUGUAAGAAAGGUUGGGGACACUGCCAGACACAUCCAUUCAUAGUCCUGCCCUACCGCUGCCUAGAGGGCGAAUACGUGAGCGAGACCCUGCUGGUGCCUGACCGAUGCCGAUUCCUCCACCGGGAGCAGAUGGAUGCUUGCGAGAGUUACGUGUACUGGCACAACAUAGCUAAAGAGGAAUGCACCGCUGACAAUCUGGAGCUUCACAGCUACGGGAUGCUGCUGCCAUGUGGGGACCAUUUCCGGGGGGUUGAGUAUGUGUGCUGCCCGGGCCGAGGGAGCUCCGGCGGUAAAGGUGACCCAGAGGAGAGAGACGUCCCUGCUGGUCCUCAGACGUUCACAUCCCAGACCGCUGGAAAACUUAACUCUGUCACCAAAGUAAUGGCCCCCACCCCAAGCCCCUCUCCUGACACAGAUGUGGACGAGGCCGAUAUGGAAGAGGAGGACGAUGAAGUGGUGGAAGAAGAGGAGGAAGAAGAAGAGGAGGAGGAGGAGGAGGAGGUAGUCGAUGAGGAAGAAGUGGAAGAGGAAGAGGAAGAGCAGGCAAUAGCUGUGAAAGAUCCAGAAGAGUAUGAAUUCCCCAUUGACUCCGGUCCCUACCAGACAUCUGACUAUCUGGACUCUUUCUACUACGAGAAAAGCCACAAACCCACCCCCUCGGCCCCUCUGAUGAAGGGUGACAGCUUGACUACGCCCCGGCCCACAGAUGGCGUUGAUGUUUAUUUUGAGAAGCCAGUGGAUGACACUGAGCAUGCCAACUUCCUGCGUGCCAAGACAGACUUGGAGGAGCGCAGGAUGAAGCGCAUCAAUGAGAUCAUGAAGGAAUGGGCAGAGGCAGACAACCAGUCGAAGAAUCUGCCAAAGUCAGAGCGACAGGCCCUGAAUGAGCACUUCCAGUCCGUGCUGCAGACACUGGAGGAGCAGGUCGCUGGAGAGAGGCAGAGGCUGGUGGAGACUCAUCUCGCCAGAGUCGAGGCAAUUCUCAACAACAACCGCCGCCUGGCUCUGGAGAACUACUUGACAGCUGUACAGUCUGACCGUCCUCAGCCGGAGCGUGUGCUGCAAGCUCUGAAGCGAUACAUGGCCGCGGAGCAAAAGGACCGCAGACACACUCUCAGGCACUACCAGCAUAUUGUAGCUGUCGACCCCCAGAAGGCCGAGCAGAUGAAAUUCCAGGUAUACACACAUCUCCAUGUGAUUGAGGAGAGGAUGAACCAGAGCCUUGCACUGCUGUACAAAGAUCCUACUUUGGCCGAGGAGCUGCACAGUGAUAUCCAGGAACUGGUCAAGGCAGAACGAGGAGACAUCAGUGAGCUCAUGACCACCUCCUUCUCUGAGACUCGCACGACAGAGGAGCUCCUGCCAGCGGAGAGUGAGGAGGAGAAGGAUGACGAGGAGGAAGAAGAGAGAGCCUUCCAGAACAGGCCUUAUCCUCCCCGCAUUGAACCACAGUCUAAUAAGAAAGUUGAUGAAUAUGAUUAUACCACAUCUGAGAGAGGCCCAACUUAUGAGUAUGAAGAAAAGAUCAACACCUCUGCAGAGCUCAAGCAGGUAGUCAACAAGCCUCCUGAGAUUGCAAGAGAUGAACUGCAACCUGAUGCCCUGGAGACAUUUAACCGUGGCGCCAUGGUGGGGUUGCUGGUGGUGGCUGUGGCAAUAGCCAUGGUGAUGGUAAUCAGCCUGCUGCUGGUGCGCAGGAAGCCAUAUGGUACUAUCAGUCAUGGCAUCGUAGAGCAGGUCGACCCCAUGCUGACACCAGAAGAGCGGCAGCUCAACAAAAUGCAAAACCAUGGCUAUGAAAACCCCACCUACAAAUUCUUUGAACAGAUGAACUGAGACCCUGGGGCCGCCAACAAGUCAUGCCUGACCACUUGUUUUGUCCCCCCCACACUCUUCGUUACAGUGGUACACUCCCUUUGACGGAUUUAUGAUGUGUUGCAAACAUAAAGUAACAGAAUAAGUAUCGGGGUACAUCCCAAACCCAUUGUAAAUGAUCAACAGCAACUUAUCCUCACUACCAGAAUGUGAACAAUGAGAUAUGCUACAAACUCACAUCACCUAUUGUAAUCUAAACACUUUUCCAGGUUAGACUCGUGAGGAUUGUUCCUUCCUUUGGCGGUGCCACAACAUUUCAUAACCCUGAAAACAUUGACAUCAUAGACGGGAAAAUCAUCCUAGUGGCAUGACUUGAUCUAUUGCUCCUCACUAGACACUGAAAUUGAACGGUGCAUAAUGCUUUAUGGUGUUUAUUUUUCAGUAGUAGUCUUAUUUGUUCAAGUUGUACCACAGUUAGAUAUAACGUGUCUGUGUAGAUGAGUGCGAGUGACACCCUCGUUAAACUAUGGCGUAAUUUUCAAUUUAAAACCCACUCAGAGAUAAAAGGGCAAUUACCAAGCGAAUUGUCAAGCUAAUCUUACCUCCAUGACAAUACCUCUAAUAUUAACACAUGGACAUUAAGCGAGGAUGUGGAGGUGUUUGCUUUGAAUGUGUGAGACAUUUAGACUUUGAUUUAAAAAAGACUACACUAGUUGUUAAAAAAUGUGUGCUGGUGGGACAAAACCCCCCCAAUGUUUUUGACUUAUGAGGAUCUCCUCUCGAUAUUAUUGAUUAUUUGGCAAAAUAUACAAUAUACAAUAUAACUGUAUUUGUAAGCAAUCUGAGAAAUUUAAAACUGGUCAAGCUAAUUAAAAGUGUAAUAAUAAAAAAAAAAAAAAUGAGAGACCCAUUACUUACUGUCUGUUCUUUGUGAAUUUUUUUUUU